AUGAGUAACGAGAAGGUUCUUUACCGUCACGAAGAACCGCACGGUCAGGGUGAUGUAUAUUUCUUAUGGCAGACUGGUGCUUCAGCACAACUGUUGGCUAGCACCGGGAGCGAUGGCACGGUGGCUAUAUUCAACCGUCAAGGGCAAUUGCAAGAACGAAUUGUACUACAAGGACUCUGCGCCGGCUUUGCUUGGGAUCGAGAUGGAGACGUUCUCGCGAUGAUAACGGCCACUUCGCAUCAGCUCAUCAUCUGGGAUUCAAACUCUCAGAAAAAGCAAACCGUCGACAUAGGACUUCGUGAUCUGCCGAGUUGUAUAAUUUGGUCGAAGAAAAUAGCCAUUCUUGCCGUGGGAACAUCACGCGGCAAUCUGUCGAUCUACAAUCACAUCUCCACAAAACGAAUCCCAAUUCUUGGUAAGCACACAAAGCGCAUUACCUGCGGUGCGUGGUCGACGGAGAAUAUCCUCGCGCUCGGUAGUGAAGACAAAUAUCUCACUCUGAGCAAUGAGGAGGGCGACACGCUUCGUUCGAUCCAGCUGCGCGAUUGUCCUAGUGAUAUGUACUUUGCCGAAAUGAAGACAGACGAGCGAGUGCCGGGUGAAAAUACGAUCAGUAUGAUUCUGGGCAAACGUACGCUCUUUCUUUACCAUCUUCCCGAGCCAGACUCUCCGACGGAGCUCGGGUUUCAGCAACGGUACGGAUCACUUCUGCAACACAAAUGGUUUGCCGACGGUUAUAUUUUGCUGGGCUUCAGCCUGGGGCAUGUCGUCGCUAUUUCAACACACCCAAGGGAAGUAGGACAGGAGCUAUGGCAGGUGAAAAAUCAUCGCGAUUCGCUUAACAGUAUCGCCGUUUGUAAGGAGCUGGAGCUAAUCGCAUCCUGUGGAGAUAACAAUGUAAAAGUUCAUUCCAUGACUAAUCUGCAAGAAACUGUAAAGAUCCUAAGCCUACCCGAUCAGGCAGCCUUAAAGCACGUUGAAUGGAGCACCGACGGACAGUUGCUUGGUGUAACGACGUCUCAGGGUGCAAUUUGUGUGUUUGUUACGAAGCUACAUUCACUAUACGCCGUUGCUCCACCAAGGAUAGCACUGCUAUCAAGUUUGGCGGAAAUAGCGAUUUACCAUUAUGCACCGGAUCGACAAAAAUCGACACCUGUACUUAUAACUCUCGAAAUAGAGCCCUCGUUUUUGACGAUCGGUCCAUACCACAUGGCAUGUGGUAUGAACAACCACGUUUGGUUCUAUGAUCUUGGUCGAUCUUUGAGUGAUACACCACUGCUGCUCGGUGAUCGUGAGUAUAUGUCGGAAAUCAAACAGGUGGCUCUUAGUUCAGAAUAUUGUGCUGUGCUUUGCGGUGGGCAAAUAAUGCUACAUACGAUUGAAUCUUCGAACGAAGUGACACAGAAUCGAGAACCAAAAAUAUUUCCCGAUGAAAUACGAGGUUUGGCAGAAUCGGUUAUAACGUGCCUUGGAUUGACAAAUGAUUUUCUAUGCUUUGCAACAGACCUGGGUAAUAUAGUAUAUUUUUCACUUGAAAAUUGGUCUACAGUAUUGCAGUUUCGUCAUCAGGCCGGUAUCCGAGCUAUAUAUCCGGAUGUUGACGGUACACGACUGAUAUUCAUUGAUGACCACAGUCAAGGUUAUCUUUUUAUCGCAGCAUGUGACGACGCGCUACGUAUACCAGAAUUUCCCAAACAUUGUACUGGUAUUCUGUGGGAUUUUUCGCAGCCACACAUUUUUGUUGCAAAUGAUCGAAAUACCUGUGUCACAUACGCAUUCGUGCGAGUAUCUGUUAAGGGUAAAACGGUAGAAAAGGUCGGUACAACAAACUUGAUAAGUGAACAGACGCCUCUAAUGCUGUACGAUGGAGAUCUCUGUCUGCAUGGUAGCGGAGGAAAACUAACAUCAAUAGUGCUGGACACACACGCCAAUAAACCUGGUCGCGAUGUAAAGGAACAACUGCGUACCACGAAGCUGAUGCGCAAGUACGGGGAUGCUUGGGAGCUCUGUAAGUUGAUGAAUGAUGUCGACGAAUGGAGGGAACUAGGAAUGGCUGCUAUCGCCGAUUGUAAUGUUGCUUUCGCAACAAAAGUUUUUCGUAAUAUCGGUGACGUUGCAAUGGUUUAUGCUCUAGAAGAAGUGAGUCAAAUUGAGGAUCUAAACACACUUGCCGGGUUUUGUGCUGUUCUGGGAAAUGAAAUAGAAGAAGCAAAAGCACUAUUUGCUAAAAGUGGCAACCCAUCCGAAGCGCUUGAGCUGUGCCGAGAUCUGCUGCAAUGGGAACAAGCGAUGGCAUUGGCAAGUACAUUAGCACCGGAGCAGUUACCUUUUCUAGCGCGCGAGUAUGGAGCACAGUUAGAAUUCACAGGGAACCACGCUGAGGCGUUGAUGAACUUUGAAAGAGGUCUUAAGCACACAGAAUCAGAAUCUAACCAACAGCAGCAGGAGCAACAUGUGAAACUUUGCAAGGCUGGCAUUGCACGAACGAGCAUAAAGUGUGGCGAUAUACGACGAGGAAUGCAGUUAGCACAGGAACUGAACGACAAGCAGCUGUAUAAUGAAUGUGGCGAAGCAAUGCUGGCAGCGGGACACUUGGCUGAAGCAGCUUCGAUGCUCGAAAAGGGAGAAAGCUGGGACAAGGCAGCGGAAAUAUUCAUUAAUUUGAAGCAAUGGAAGAAAGCAGAUACCAUCUUGCCCAACGUCGUAAGCCUUAAGCUGCAUGCCGCUUACGGUAGGGCUAAAGAAACCGAUGGACAGUAUGCCGAUGCGAUCAACAGUUACCAGCUUGCCGGAGAUCUAGACGGUGUCGUCCGAAUAUAUUUACAGUACCUUGACGAUCCUCAUUCGGCUUCAGAGAUUCUCCUGGAAACGCGAUCCAUGGAGGGAUCAAAGCUGUUGUCAAAAUAUUUUGAACAGCAUGGUGAUUAUGAGUCUGCAAUACAGUUUCUGAUACUGUGCGGAUGCAUAACCGAUGCAUUCGGUAUAGCUCAAAAACAGAACAAAAUAGUGUACUAUGGAGAGGUCCUAGAGCAGAGUGUUUCUGCGAAACCGGGCGAUUUUCUCCAACUGGGUGCAUAUUUCGACAGCGAGAAGUACACCUUGCUAGCCGGCAAAUACUAUUUUCUGGGGAAAGAAUAUUCUAAAGCACUUAAACUGCUGCUAAAGGCGGCAUCCGUGGGAAAUGAAGAAAACACAGCUCUGUCUCUAGCUAUAGAUUGCGUAGCAUCGGCUGGAGAUGAGAAAUUAUCCAAUGUACUGAUAGAGUACCUGUUGGGCGAGUCGGACGGUGUACCGAAAGAUCCUAAGCUGUUAUUCCGGCUUUAUAUGGCUAAGCGCCAAUUCAAAGAGGCGGCAAAGGCUGCAAUGAUCAUUGCCAACCAAGAACAGAUAGCUGGCAACUAUCGUAGUGCUCACGAUUUACUCUUCUCCAUGUACCAAGAACUGAAACGCAAUCAUUUAGCCAUUGCGACCGAUAUGAAAAUAACGCUCACUCUGUUGCAUCGCUACACACUGGUUCGAAUUCAUGUGAAACGAGGAAAUCAUUUACUGGCAGCGAAGUUGCUACUUCAAGUAGCGAAAAAUAUUUCCCAAUUUCCAUCACAUGUUGUUCCUAUUCUAACCUCUACCGUAAUUGAAUGCCACAGAACGAGUCUCCGAAAAUCUGCCUUCGAAUACGCGGUAAUGUUGAUGCGAUCAGAGCACCGGAACCAAAUCGAUAGUAAAUACAUAAAGAAAAUAGAAUCGAUCGUUAGAAAAGCUCCGCGAGGACAGUUGGAUGAUGAAGCUGAACAAGAAUCGAGUCCUUGUCCGGUUUGUGAAACACCACUCCCCAACAUGCAUAUAGUUUGCGGGCAGUGUAAAACGACGUUACCAAUAUGUAUUGCUACGGGACAACAUAUUGUUCGCGACGACAUAGCUGCAUGUCCCGAGUGUGAUUUCCCUGCGAUGAAGGUGGAAUUUAUCAAAAUUUUGGAAACAACCAACAACCAAUGUGCAAUGUGCGGAGAGGAAAUAGAUGCAGGACGAUUGGUCGAUAUCGACGACGUACAACCGUACAUCAAUGCUGGCACUUAA